AUGAUAACAAAGAUGAAAAAUUACAAUUUAAUUCGGCCAUGUGCUGUGUUUGUCGAACGGUUAUCAGAUGAUUUUGUUCCUUCUAAACGUUAUAAAGUUGAUGCUGAUUUGAUCUAUGAGCAGCAACAGCCGUCACAACAAAUACGUCAUCAUUCCCAAAAUGUCGAUGAUCAACUGAAUGAAUUAUCUGUUGAUGUUCUUGUACUACCAAAUAAUAAAAUCAAAAUUUCCUCGUCUAUGUUUGGUGAUUCAAAUGAUGAUCUCUCUUUAACAAUUAACAAUCAUUCUCGUCAACAACAAAAUUAUUCAUCCUCAUCGGUGACCACAAAUGCCGACAUAAAACCUGUUGUACGUAUUCGGCCACAUCAUACGUCUCAAGAUUCAAAUGACAACAGUUACAACACUUAUGAAGGAGGAGGAAAUCGUUUAACACAUCGUUUUAAUUCAUCAUCACGUCGAAAUUUUAUUGACUCGAAAGAUGAUGAUUAUUUAAGUUUAAAUUUUGAUUCGAAAUAUGAUCACGAUAACUCAAGUGAUUUAGGUAUGGAUUUAAAUGAUGAUGAAUUAGAUUCAAUAAAUAGGGUGCUCGAUUUUGAUGAUGAUGAUAUAUCGGAUCAUUUAAAUACAAAUAUGACAACUACAUCAGGUACCACAUCUACAAGUCAUAGUCAUCAUAGUUUAUUUAAUUCAUCACAGUUACCAGAUUUAGUUAUGGGCUCAUUAAAAGCAGAUGGCAAUGAUUCGUCAAAUGUUAAAUUUGAACCAUCAUUUCAAUAUAGUGAUUUAUUUAAUCGAAAAGGACGCACAUUUGUUUGUGAUGAACGUGGAAAUCGUGUAGUAUCAAUCAAAUUAGAUAAAAAUGGUGCAAAACGUUUAAUUGAACAAACUGAAAAUGGUUAUGGACGAUUGGUAUUAGAAGAAUGUCGACGAGGCGAUUUACAAGCACAUAUACUCAAAAUUGUUUUCAAAGAAGAACAAGAAUUUUUUGAUUUUAAUCGUUCUGGAAUUGUAUCAAAACAUUCUUUUAAGCAAUGUCCAGAAAUGUAUCCAAGAUUUUUAGAAUGUUUAUUUGAAGCACGUAUAUUACCAGGUGAUCCAUUAAGCCCAGAGUCUGAUCAAAUGAUGUAUUCAUAUUGUUGUAAAGUACAUGAAUGUGGUGAAGCAUUUACUUCCAAGUCUGAAGCAAUUAAACAUGCAAAAAAACAUGCCGAACUUGAUCCAUUUGACUUUGUUUGUGAUCAUUGUGGUAAAAAGUUUCUUGGAAUUGCAAAUAUGAAACGUCAUUUACGUGUUCACAUGGGAAGUGAAGGAAAAGAUUUUCAGUGUCCACUUUGUCAUUAUCGUGGAUGUACAACGACACAUGUCAAACGACAUAUGGCACAUAAACAUUUGGAAAAAUCUAUCCCUUGUCCGUAUUGUUCAUUUAUGGCUGCAACAAAUGCUGAUCUUAAAAUUCAUAUGGCACGACGCCAUUGGGAUAUUGAAGGUUUAGACAUAUUGAAUAAUCUACCAAAAACAUACAAAAAAGAAUGGAAAUGUACAAAAUGUGAUACAAUAUUUCAUGAUUAUUCGGAUUUUCAAAAUCAUAUCUACAGUCAUUCAAGUCAAACAAAUAAAUUUCAGUGUAAUUUGUGUCCUUACAAUUGUAAAAGUUUUUCAAAAUUGAAGCGUCACAUGCUCUAUCAUCAAGGUCAACGAAAUUAUGAAUGUCCAAAAUGUAAUAAUAAAUUUUAUCAAAUGGAACAUUUAAAACGUCAUUUAACAUCAAUUCAUAAAUUGAAUAUACCACAAAUUGGUAGAGGGAAUCGGUUAAUCGGUCAAGAUUUAAUGAAACGAACACCCGAUAUGCCUCAUAUUCCUCCUCCACAUGGUACCGUACCCCAGUGUUAUAAAGUCAUUUCAAAAUGUGUCUUUACAUGUCAGAAAUGUCCAUUUUCCACAACGAAAUUAUAUCAUUUGAAUGAACACGUUAAAAAUGAACAUUUACAACUUGAUGAAUCGUCUCAUGUUUGUACAUUUUGCUCGUAUAUUACGGAUAAAAAAACAAAUCUUAAACGUCAUCUGCAUCAUAAUCAUGCUGGACAGUCGAAUACACCUGUUUUAUUAUCGAAUGAUGCACUUCUAUCUAAUCCAAAUACAAAAUUUCAAUGUGGUUUAUGCCGUCGUUAUCAAAGUAAUGUCGAUGAAUUUAUUAAACAUAUUACAGAAAAACAUCGAAUGGAUGUCGUUAUUUUGGAUUCAGCUAACAAUGGAAAUAUACAUCAACAAAUCAAAUCUCGUGGACGAGCUGAAUUGAUAUGUGCCAGUAACAAUACUACACCGUUUCGUUUCGAUGAAUACGGUGGUUUAGUGACAACAGCCGUAAUGAAUAAACCAUCGACAACUAAUGGCCUAACAACUGGCGAUAAUAAUACAACAUUAACAUUGAAUUCAUCAAAUGAUUUACUUCAACAAAAUCAUCAAAUGCAGGAAAUUGUGACAACAAACGGUCUUCUUAAUGAUGAUUCACAAAAUAAUUCAUCCGUUUUAUUUCAAGAUGAUACUCUUGAUGAUUCAUCCUCAUUAUUACACUCAUCUCUACAACAAACAACUAUACCACAUCAUCUAAACACUGAACAUAAACAAGAAGCAACAACGCAACAUAUAUGA